CUCUGCCUUCCCCGUCUGCAUAUUCCGUCUCCACCCGUCACUCGAUCCACCAUGUCGCCUACAUACGAGCGGGUCCCCGAGCACGAGCCCAGCAGAGAGCGCAUAUCUAUGGACUCGCUGCUCUCGGACUCUUCCACCCAACCCAAAAUCUCGCAGGAUGAGCCCGUCCACGAACUCCCUGUGGCCUCGUCAUCAUCCUCGGCUCGGCCCGGUCCCUCGACCUCGAGACCUCAUAUUGUUGGUACCGGCCACGACGGCGUCUUCUCCAACAUGAGCGCCAAACCCUCUCUCAACGAUGCUCCGCCUGUGAUCACAAAGCCUUGGGAGGUCGAGCCGCCCUCCUAUGCCGAGGCCACGUUGGACUCUGCACCUUCGUACAUGGACACCACUGUCUUUGCCACCGUCGGAGAAGACGGCGAGGUUCUUGUCGAGGGCAUGCCUGUUGGAAGCUUCUUCACGUUUUUGAUCAACAUGAUGAUCUCAAUGAGCUUCGACAUUGUCGGCUUUCUUCUCACGUCGAUGCUUGCUGUCAGCCAUGCGGCCAAGUGCGGCGCCCGGUGUGGUCUUGGAAUCACCCUCAUCCGCUAUGGCUUCUAUCUCAAGAGCAAAAGUGCGGAGGAUGAAAUGAUGAACUAUACGUACUACGACCCGGAUAACAACGACGACGAUUCGUCGGACAAUGACUGGCUGGCCUAUCUGAUGAUGAUCAUUGGAUUCUUUAUCAUCAUGCGCGCCAAUGCCGACUACCUGCAGGCCAAGCGACUCCAAAACCUGAUCCUGUCCAGUUCCGAGAGCGUUGUAUAGACCAAAGCGACCCGCCAUUCAAGUUUUGUAAUUUUUGCACCCACACCCCCUCAAUCCAACUACCUUUUACGAGAAUAUACUUU